AUGGGCUCCCUCCCUGAUCAGACAAUGGCUAUCCCGGUCAUCGACUUUGCACCGCUGCUCAGCGACGACUCUCAACACGAGACAUAUGCAAAGUCCGGCAAGGAGAUAUUCCACGCCUUCAAGCACGUUGGCUUUGCAUACAUCAAGAACCAUGCAGUUCCGCAAGAGAUGGUAGACGAGGCAUUCGGAUGGAGCAAGAAGUUCUUUGAUCUGCCACAAGAAGAGAAGGAAAAGGUCCCCCACCCGCCCGAAGGGUGGUAUCAUCGUGGCUACUCUGGCAUUGGCCGUGAAAAGGUCACGCAAAUGGUGUUCGAUGAGGCUGGUAUUGCACAGGAGCGCAAGAAACCCGACUUCAAGGAGUCUUACGAGAUGGGAAAUGAGGAAAACACUGCGACUCUGCGCAACAUCUGGCCUGCAGAAGAGGUGAUUCCGGGCUUCCGCGAAUUCUUCAUCAAAUUCUAUGAGACGUGCUACGACAUGGAGCUCAAGCUACUGCGUGCCAUCGCCGUCGGAAUGGGUCUCGAGGAUAACUUCUUCGUCGACUAUCACAAGGAGAAGAACAACCAGAUCCGGCUACUGCACUACCCGCCAGCUGUGGAGGAGCUUAUGGCCACGGGCAAGCUGGAUGGCAUCGGAGCGCACACCGACUUCGGCACGCUGACGAUGCUGUUCCAGGAUGAAGUCGGCGGUCUCGAAGUAGAGGACAUCCACAACAAGGGCACAUACAUCCAGGCACCUUACAUCCCCGGAACCAUCGUGGUCAACAUUGGCGAUUUCCUGAUGCGCUGGAGUAACGACGAGCUGCGGUCUACGAUGCACCAUGUGCGUGCGCCGGCGGCAGAGGAGCCCAAGGACAGGAGCCAGGUGCGCAUGACGAAGGAGCGCUACUCGAUCCCGUACUUUGUGUGCGCUGAUGCCGAGCGUACGAUCGACUGUGUGCCAGGAUGUUGGGGGCCCGAUCGGCCGAAGAAGUAUAAGCCUGUCAACGCCAUGGACUAUAUCAACAUGCGGCUCAACUCGACGUACUAG